AAAGAACGCCAUAGUCCUGCCCAUGUAAUAUGUUCGGAGUCGGAAUCAGAUUCGGAACCGGAUUCGAGUGACAGUGAUUGGGAAGAUUCUGAUGUCGCUGAAGAUGAUGAAGUCGACGAAAACGAACCAGCGGGUUACCCGACCCCAGAGGCGGAUUCAUCGCCCAGUUACAACCUCAGGCGGUGUCAAAGCCAUCAAAGCCCGUCUGCCACCCAGAAUUCUCAGACGAACAACCGCCCGCCGCAGCAUAACGGACGGCACAAUGCUGCACCAGCUGCUUCUAGUCAAGCAGCCCAGCCUGGCUCAAGCUCAUGGCGACCGCAGCCAAACCAGCAACGAUCGCAGCAACCGUCGGGUCCAACUCCAAGUUGGCAACAGCCUGCUUCACGGCCACCACAACAUGCAAACUCUGGGUCAUGGCAACAGGCCCCGGCUGCCCCAGCGGCAUGGCAACAUACACCGACUGCCCCAGUUGUAUGGCAACAGGCCGCCCCGGCUGCGCCGGCGGAAUGGCAACAGGCCCCAACUACCCCGGCGGCAUGGCAACAUGGUGCAGAUAAUCAUGCCGCUCAACGGAGCUAUGGCCCAGGAAGAAGCCUUGUGCUACCGGAGCAGCCUCAGCUUAACACUCAAACGGCGAUACUAUCAAAUAGGAGGACGCAACGCCAUCUACUCGCCCACCGUGGCUGUGUUCUAUGAAAAUUUCACUCCAGGCCACGCGCUUAUGAACCUGCAGAAGCCCGAGCUUCUGCCCGUGGUGAGCGUUAUCAGCGUGGCUGCGCUGGAAGGACCCGAGGUGGAUGACACGACGUUUCCACCAAUCUCAGGGUAUAAGAAGCAUCGGAAGGUUAUUCUCGGUGCACUGGGGUGUGGCGCUUUUGCAAACCCGAGUGCUGCCGUUGCAGAAUGCUGGGGUGAAGUUCCGCGAGAAGGCGAAUUUAACGGAUGGUGGGAAAGGGUCUUUUUUGCGGUCUUGGAUGAUGCUGCGAAAGGUACCCAAGGGGGCAGUAAUUUUGAUGUUUUUCGGGAGAGACUGCAUGGCUUGAGAAUUUGA